GGGGGGGGGGGGAAGGUAUUAUAAAUCUUCUCUCGCUGUCAGCCAUAUUGGGAGAGAUUGAGAAGUCAAAUUUGUGAUUUGUUUAAAAAAACAAAACAAAACAAACCAAAAAAAAACAAACCACAAACGCGAAUGCAGCAGCGGUCCGGAAGGCAUGCUUAUCUAUUUGUUUAUUUAACUGUGUCGAGCACCAGCGAGUGUGAAAGAAAUCAGACCUCUCCCCACUCACUCUGCGGCGGGUAACAAUAUACCAUUGCAUAGGGGCAUUGCGUUUAUUUAUUUUUUAACUGGUACGUAUUUAUUUCAAAGUGAAUUACACACACUUAUAUUUUCAAAGUGUGCCCUGGGGGUGACGAGUCGUCUUUAAAGGAGAAACUGUUUAAAAUUGAGAGCUUUCAACUUGUUUCGACGUUGCGGUAAAUGUAACCUCUUGUUGCUGGGACAAAAGCAUUCUUCCUCUUCUCUCCCAGGAUGGACCAGGACUAUGAGCGACGUCUCCUUCUGCAGAUUAACAUUCACAAUGAGAACGCCAGCCCCUCUACUCCAGAAGUCAGACGGACCCUGACCCCCACAAACUCGCCCAUGUCCUCCCCCAGUAAACACGGAGACAGAUUCAUCCCAUCCAGGGCAGGGGCGAACUGGAGCAUCAACUUCCACAGAAUAAAUGAAAACGAGAAGUCCCCCAGUCAAAACAGAAAAACAAAGGAUGCAACAGCUGAUAACAGCAAAGCGGAUGGUCUUGCCUAUUCUGCCUUGUUAAAGAACGAGUUGCUGGGGGCUGGAAUUGAGAAGGUGCAAGACCCCCAGACAGAAGACAGGAGGUUACAGCCCUCCACCCCAGAGAAGAGAAGCCUUUUCAGUUACUCCCUCAGUGCCAAGCGCGCCAGUCCGGAUGAUGGAAAUGACGUGUCACCCUAUUCAUUAUCCCCUGUUAGCAGUAAGAGUCAGAAACUGUUAAGGUCCCCGCGAAAGCCAACGCGGAAGAUUUCUAAGAUCCCGUUUAAAGUGCUUGAUGCCCCAGAGCUCCAGGACGACUUCUAUCUAAACCUGGUGGACUGGUCAUCUCUCAAUGUGCUCAGUGUGGGGCUGGGCACCUGCGUCUACCUGUGGAGUGCUUGCACCAGCCAGGUGACCCGUCUUUGUGACCUGUCAGUGGAAGGAGAUUCAGUUACGUCUGUUGGCUGGUCGGAAAGAGGGAAUCUGGUUGCUGUUGGAACCCACAAGGGCUUUGUACAGAUCUGGGACGCAGCAGCUGGGAAGAAGACCUCAACGUUGGAAGGGCACACUGCUCGAGUGGGUGCUCUGGCCUGGAACGCGGACCAGCUCUCCUCUGGCAGUCGGGACCGCAUGAUUCUGCAGCGGGAUAUCCGUACGCCUCCACUGCAGUCAGAGCGUCGGCUGCAGGGACACAGGCAGGAGGUGUGCGGCUUGAAGUGGAGCACCGACCACCAGCUGCUUGCCUCUGGAGGCAAUGACAACAAGUUGCUAGUGUGGAACCACUCCAGUACGAUCCCUGUGCAGCAGUACACAGAGCACCUGGCUGCAGUGAAGGCUAUCGCGUGGUCCCCACACCAGCACGGGCUCCUGGCCUCUGGCGGGGGCACCGCUGAUCGCUGCAUCCGCUUCUGGAACACCCUGACUGGGCAGCCCCUGCAGUGCAUAGACACGGGCUCCCAGGUCUGCAACCUAGCCUGGUCCAAACACGCCAACGAACUGGUGAGCACACAUGGCUAUUCUCAAAACCAGAUCCUGGUGUGGAAAUACCCUUCGUUAACACAGGCUGCCAAGCUCACCGGGCACUCGUACAGAGUCCUGUACCUGGCAAUGUCUCCAGAUGGAGAAGCAAUAGUAACAGGAGCAGGGGAUGAAACGCUGAGGUUCUGGAACGUAUUUAGCAAAACACGCUCAACAAAGGAAUCUGUAUCUGUUUUAAACCUCUUCACCAGAAUACGAUAAAACUGGAAAGAACAAUGCAAAAGAUUUUACUGGGAAUACAACAGGGGGGAAAAACCCACAUGCAUGACCCACGCUCUCUGUAUUUCUUAUUUCCUUUUGCAAGGAGAAAAAAAAAAAAAAAAAGAAAGCCAGUCAAGGACUUCGUUUCAUGUGCGUUUUGUUUGUUUCAGGAUUGGGGUUUAAGUCAGGUUUGGGAUGAAAAUUAAAUAAGUCAUGAUUAUAGGGUUAUAAUGUGCAAAGUGUACAAAAAAAGUAUUCUCUUAAAAUCAAGAAGAAAAUGUUUGUUAAUUAUAUUGCUGGCUAUUCUCAAAAUCAAAGUACAACAUGGAGAGCUGAUCCAAUGACCAGUUUUUGGGGGUUUUUUUUAAACAAAAAAGGGGUUUUAAGUUCAAACUAUAAACCUGAUGUUUCUUAGUACUUUUUUUUUGUUUAGCAUUCCCAGUUUUGAAGCCUGUGAUGAGUUAUUUUCAAUGGUGGAUUCCAUUAACAGAAAAGCACUUUUAAUAGAAAGAUGGGGACGCUACUGUUUGGCCAUCAGCGUCUUGAUAAUGUAGUGAAUGCACCUUCCGUCACUCGCUCUGCUGUAAGUCUUUGUCUUGUCUCUUGUCCAGGACAGUUUUGAGUUGGUCUUUGUAAAUAUAGUUGAUCUUUGGUGAAUUUAAGAAGGCACAGAUGUCAGGUGUCAGAUAUGCAAGUAAGUAUUCAGAACUGAAGACCUGGCUAAGGUCCAAUUUGAGUUUUAUUUUGUGGUUUAUUUUUUGGUAAACUGUCAAGUGCAAGGCUGUCUCCCAGAUUUCACACUUUCUUUGAAAUCGCAUUUGUACACACAAGCACUGGUCUAACAACCUAUACAGCACUCAAAACAAAGCCACCUCAAAAAACUGUUUUGGUUCCAAGAAUCCUUAUUUUGUGGUCCAGUUGUUUUUUAGAUUUUGUGUUUUAUAAACUUGCUUAAACUUUUACACAUUUCACUGUUUCUACACUUUUUUUAUAGAUUUUGAAAUCACUGCUGCUGUUCUGAUGUUUGUAUUCACACAUCAUAGGUUAUGGUUCCCAAACUAUCUUGCAGUACUGGAGCCUGUUGCUUUCUCAGUGUUACAUUUCCAUUCCAGUUUACGUCCUUUUAAAUGCUGGUAGCUGCUGCUUUUUUUUUUUAAAGUUGGACUGCAGCAGGUUUCAGUGCUACUAGUGGUGCUGUGAGGUAACAUCAGCAGCGAGAACAUUGCUGCAGUCAGCAAAUAUCAAAACGGUUGCAUUGUAUUCAAAAACAAAAAAAGUAAUCGAAACAGAAGUUGUAAGAAUUAAAGCUUGUUCUAAAUGCAUUUUUUUUUUAAAAUACUGUGGGGUGUUUUUUGGUGUGUAUCGCACCUAUAUAGACUGCCGUCUAGUAUUCAUUAAAAGUGAUUUGAAAUCUGCAAUGCCAAUUUUCAAUAAUACAUGCAAAUGUUCAAGUCAAGAUUUGUUCUGAAAUGCAGACUUUGUGUGUGGACCUAUUUGAAUACAUGUUUUGUGGUCAUGAGACCCUGCAGAAAUAGUGCUGAUUUCAAAACAUCUCACUUUUAACACCUAUUGCAUGAUUCAAGUUCUUAAAAUCUUAUAAUAUCUUAUGUGUGUUGGUGUUGUUUUAUUCUAUUUUACAUGUGGCAUCUGACUCCUGGAGUGAGUGCUGUAUUUAUUGGUGUAGUUGAAAUCUUUCAACAGAGUAACUGAGUGUGAUACAAUUUUGUUUUUUUGGUAGAAAAAAAAAAUAUUCAAACCUGCCAGUGAUGAGGUGCAAGUCUGCGGUGUGCACUUCUUUCAUUUCAUUUCAUCCACAUUAACCAAAACUGCCAACUUGUACAGCUUAAAGAAUGCUUAAAACUGAAUAUUCAAGGAGUUUAUAACAAUCUAGAUUGUGACCUGGUAGACUACGUGUGCUGUGUAAAAGUUGUAAAUAAGUAUAGUAAGAAAUUGUAAAACAGUAUAAAGACAUUAAAACUGUUAUACCAUC